AUGGGGCAGGAGCAAAACAGGAUUCUGCUCUGUGCAGGCACUUCCAUGGCUGCCCUUCUUCUUCUUGCUUGGCUUUAUGCCAAAGUUUUCUCUGCAAAUGUCACCACAUUUGAGCUCUGGAAGCUGCACCAGCAAGCAGGAUUUUCCAUGGCUGAUCAUGAAGCUAUGUUAGCAAAUUACUCUUUGGAUUUUCCAUUAAGAAGACUUGUUAGAGGCAAUGAUCGGAUUCGGCUCGAUAUAACAGGAUUUGCUUGCCACUCAGACCUUUACUGUCAAUUAUGCAUUGCAAACAAAGAAGUUCGGAUUGACAACAGAAACCUGACAGUUUACAUUCCCUCGUCACAAUCCGAAGUCAGCCAAAUGAAUAUCAAGCCACAUCCGACUCUAGAUCCAUUGAAAUAUGUUACAUCAGUUCAGAUAGUUACUGGAGAAGCCAAUUCACCUCCCUGCGAUUUCAAGCAUAAUGUUCCAGCUUUAGUUUUCUCGUCCGGAGGCUAUACAGGAAACCUGUUUCAUGAAAUGGAUGAGCUUAUCAUCCCUUUGUUCAUCACUUCACGCCAUUUCAGAUCGUACCUUAAGUUCGUCAUCACUGAUUAUAAGGCCUGGUGGGUGAGCAAAUACAGAAGGAUUUUAAGUCGUUUGUCGCGGUAUGAGGUGAUAAAUCCGGCCGUAAAUGGCAGUGUUCAUUGCUUUCCUGGAGCUGUGAUAGGCCUGAAAUUCCAUGGCUUUUUAGCCCUUAAUUCAACAGACAUUCCAGGAGGGUACUCAAUGUAUGACUUCAAGCAUUUUCUAGCAGAAACAUACAAUCUGAAACACAGAAAUGUUUAUGAAAUCAAGAGAGAAAAGCCCCUUCUGAUUUUGAUCUCCAGGGGAAAAACAAGAAGGUUUGUAAAUGAAAAUGAACUGGUGGCAAUGAUGGAGGAAUUGGGCUUUGAAGUUGUGGUGACAAUGCCUAACAGAAUGUCAAAUUUGAACAAAUUUUCUGAGCUUUUGAACUCCUGCAGUGUCCUGGUGGGGGCUCAUGGUGCUGGCCUGACAAAUGAGGCGUUCUUGCCAGCGGGCGCCGUGGCAGUGCAGGUGGUGCCACUGGGGCUGGACUGGGCUGCAGCUGCUUACUUUGGUGAGCCAGCAAGACCAAUGGGAGUGAAAUACUUGGAGUACAAGAUUGAGCCUGAAGAAAGCAGUCUGUUUCAGACUUAUGGGAAAGAUGAUCCUGUUGUUUCUGAUCCUCAAGCUAUAUUUGCCAAGGGCUACCUGGCUGCCAGGGCCGUGUAUAUUGAUCAACAGAAUUUGAAGAUUAACGUGGAAAGGUUUAGAGAGACACUUGUAAAAGCCAAAGAACUUAUUCAAGAGCCAAGUGAUGGCUGA